UUGAAUCUUCUGAGGGGGGCGAAUUAAGAGGAGUCCUAUCCAGAUACCGCGAGACCUGUGACGAAAUCCCGUAAGAAACCGCGUCUUCCUGCACAAGCGGCGGCGGGAGGAGCGCAUGCGCAGUAAAGUUGCUUUAGCCUGUCUCUUCCGACAAAGCUUGAGAUCCUUAUAAUUCCCGGUGGAUAUUUUCCGGGAUUCCUAACAUUCUCAUUCGUACUUUGCAACCGUAAAUAACUCACAGCUGCCAUUUUAUUAGUUAUUAACCCAGCAGGUCGUAAUGUCCAAAGGAAGCAGGGCUCGCAGUAGGCGCCAAACGAAUAGAAAUUCGUUUAAUUAUUCUGCUCUUCGUUUAGUGUUGCUUUUGCUUAUUUAUGAUUUCAACUGAAUGCAACGAGAGCUGCAAUGCAUCCUUAGUAAGAGUAGAACUGUGUAAGCAAGGACGUCUUAAUAAAAUUGCUCUUCGUUUCGGGGUUGAAGACUAUACGGAAAGCCAGCAAGUUAAAUGAUACAUACUGGACUUCAAUGUGAAUUAAGUCUUUGUUUUGUUUUUCUGUAAACUUUCGACAAAAUUGCUUAUUACAGCAACGUUAAUAAAACAACUAUUACUCUGUUUCCCAAGUUGAUUUUUGAAGAAUUCAUUGAACUGGUUUACCUCAUUAUUAUGGUACUGUAAAAUAAUAUGUUUAGCAUUUUACACCCCCGGUGACCCAUUUUUUGGUCACUCAUGUACAGUACAUGUUUUAUUAUUUAUGUGUACAAUGAUAACAUAAAUAGUAUACAGUAGAUAAAGAUAUAUAGACGUAUAAAAAGAACAACUAUGUUACUGUAUUUCGAAGUGCCAAGUAAGAGCGGAGGUCGACAGAGGCUUUGCAGCGCCUUCCCAUGAAUAAAGACCUUGAAAACGUAACUCAAAAGCCAUGGGCAAUUCCACACGUUAUAGAGUUCAAAAUACUGAGGGUAUUAUAACGAUCAGCACUGACAUGAGGGUGGUUGUUGUUUUUAAGAUCUCCCAUCUAAAAAAUUUCGGCAGCAAAUGUACUGUAUGUUCAAUUGCACGGGCACCUCCUUCGCCCUUCUAUCCCUCAGUUAAAGGUUUAAACGUCCACGCAAAUGGAGUCAGAAGAACGUUUCCCCUAAAAUCAACCCGGAAGCUAAUGUGUCGCGGCGACCUUCCGGAUACGUUAAGCUUCCGCUGCUUCCGGUCCAGACAGGGCCCAACCUCUGUGUCCGCGGCCGUCCUAGAGCGGCAGCGUUGAUAAGCAGCGCGCAGGCGCGCUCCCCGCUCUCUUUCCGCUCGGCGAGGUGAGUGCGCGGGUGAGGCGGCUGCGGCGCGGCUUGGGCCUGAGAGCGAGGAGCAGGCCCCGCGCUCGGCCCGCUUCCCUUUGCGGCCCCGGACUGACUCUCUCUCUCUCUCUUUGCCUCUCAGACCUGCAGCCAUGGGCCGCCGACCCGCGCGCUGGUGAGUUGGGCCGCCCGGAGGACGGGCGGGCAAGGCCGGGAGGAGGCCGCGUGGCCGGCUCCGUCAGGGGGAGGACGCGGCGAGGCGGCUCUGCCAGGAACUGGAGUGGAGAGGCCGAAAGGGGUCUCUCCUGGCAGCCGCAUCUCCCGCUUUCCUCUUCUGGCGGGGGCCGCGAUCGGGGUGGACGAGGGUGGGCGACCGAAACGGGCCCCGCGCUGGGGGCUCUGGGCUUUCACGGCUUGCUUGUGGUCCAUAGACCCUUCUGCGUUGCCGCCUGUGGUGGUUCUUAGCAGCAAGGUUGCUUUCGUGGGAUGGCUAUUAGACCCCAAGCACGCACCCCGUACACACACACACACACCCGUGAGUUUAGCAUAAAAAGAUGAGAUUUCUGGCACAUUUGAGCAAGGGCUGCCUGCCUCAUUUUGCAUCCUGCCUCCUAGCAGUGGCCAGCUGCAUGCAUGUAUCAAAAACCCUUAAGCGGGACAUGAAGGCUGAAGCCUCCCCGUGUUCUUUGUCCCUAUUAUCCAUAAUGUUAGUGGUUUGGAUGGUAGUCACUGCUAGUUGUACUCAGAGUAAGCCCACUGAAACAAGCAGGUAUGACUAACAGGUUCACUAAUUUCAGUGGAUGCACUCUUGAGUAGGAUGUAGUUGAGUACAGUAUGAUACUAAUAUGUGUGAGAGUCUUCAGAGUGCUUCACAUAAAUAUUCUUUAUUUUAUUCUUACAACACUAAGCAUUAGAUACUAAGCUUAGAGAGUUGAGACUGAAAGUGGCUUUGCCUGAGACCACAUAAUGGCCUGGUUCAGACUUUCAUUCAAAGCCUCACAAACUUUUAUGAAGCCAGGCACUAGCCAUUCUAUCACACACCACCCCCAGCAGGCCAGCAUAAAUCCAGAUUUCCUGGUUGUGUCUUAAUAUAAGCCAAGAUCUUUGCAUAGAAACUGAUGAGGAAUAGGAGACAUACUUCUCACAAGUGCCCAUUCCAAGCUUCAAAAGCCAUGGUUUGUUGAGCCGAAAACGAUUGUCCAAACCAUGGUGUAACUUUUAGGUAAACAUUGCUGCAGAAAUUACUAUUGAUCUUGGGAUGGGAGCCAGAUCUGUCAGCCAAAUGUAUAGGGAAAGUAGAAGUUAUUGGGUUCACAGAACUUCCCUUACUGUUAAGAAAGAGUACUAGUAUGAAAAUAAAAGCCAAUAAAUACAGAUAAGUGUCUACAUGCUCUUUAUUAAUUGUAUGAGACAUAUUUUUAAUUUAGCACUUGCUUGGUAGCCAUAGAGCAGCAAGAAAUUGAAUGUGGCAAGUGAGCAGACUAGCAACAUGGAAGAAGGAUUCUGUUCCUUAUGUUUGCCCAGCAUAGACAUGCAAUGAGCUGCUGAAGGAAGGUUGGAGCUCUUCAUCCUUCCACUGCUAAACUCCAUUAGGCUAGUAAAUUGGUUUAAAAGGCUAAUAUCUGGGACUGCAUCUUGGACCAGUUUCUAACCCACCAACCCCCAAUCAGAUGUGAAUGACCAAAGGCAAGGGUUGACGGGAGCUGUAGUUCAACAACCUAUGCAAGGCUAUAGGUUCCCCAUUUCUGGUUUAACAUAUUCAGCAGUUGUGACUUUAAUUUCAAAAAAUUGUUUCUGACUACCUUAUCUGUCUUUUUCUUCUAGUUAUCGAUACUGCAAGAACAAGCCUUACCCCAAAUCCCGUUUCUGUAGAGGUGUUCCUGGUAAGUUAAUAUAUUUAUUUUUGCCUGAUGAACUGUUAAAUUGAACUUCAUGCAUUCAGAUAGGAAUGUAGAAUUUAAUCCAACAGAGGAUAGCCUGAUGAGACUUAAUUGCCUGGUCAGAGUGGAUUGCACCUAAUUUGGCCUGUUAGGAAAUCUGAGUUUUAGUGAACUGGCUGAUAAUAUUACUUUCUAUUCUUCAGAUCCCAAGAUCAGGAUUUUUGACCUGGGCAGGAAGAAGGCCAAGGUUGAUGAGUUCCCACUCUGUGGGCACAUGGUGUCAGAUGAAUAUGAGCAGCUUUCAUCAGAAGGUACAGAGCACCAAAAGACCACUCAAACUACUCAUUUUGCUGUGCUUCAACGGUCUGUCCCAUUCACCCUGUCUCUCUUUCUGCAGCUCUAGAGGCCGCCCGUAUCUGUGCCAACAAAUACAUGGUGAAAAGUUGUGGUAAAGAUGGAUUUCACAUCCGUGUGCGCCUGCACCCCUUCCAUGUCAUCCGCAUCAACAAGAUGUUGUCAUGUGCUGGAGCUGAUAGGUGAGGAAUGGGUAGAGACCCAGUUCUGGUGUUAAAAUUGACCUUGCAGUCAAUUAAGCCGACCAGCCCCUGCUGCUAUCGGGGGGUGGUGUGCACUGACUGCGCACAGUAACUCCCUUGGUUGUGUACGUGCUCUGUUCCUUGUACAGUGCACCUUAAGGGACCCUGGGAACACUUGAGUCCUGGUGAGGUGCAUGACUGGCUGAAGCUCUUGGCUUCUACAUUUGCCAAGAGGGCUUAACUGGUGGUGGGUGUAGCAGCGUGGUAUAGUCCUUGAGGAUAACACCCUAAGAUUUGGUUUUGGUUUCUUAUUAGACUCCAGACAGGAAUGCGUGGAGCCUUUGGUAAGCCUCAGGGCACUGUGGCCCGUGUGCAUAUUGGCCAGGUCAUCAUGUCCAUCCGUACCAAGGUGCAGAACAAGGAACAUGUCAUUGAAGCACUGCGCAGAGCCAAGUUCAAGUUCCCUGGUCGCCAGAAGGUAAUGCGUUUAUUGGUGAGGGAAGAAUACUGUCUGUGCAGAAGUAUACAGGUGUUGCACCGCUAAAGAUAGGGUGCAAAACAAGAUAAAUCUCUCAGUAUAGCUAGUGAGAUCAUAAGCUUUAGUUUGGUGCUCUUGCAACCUUUUGCCCAGAAUGAACUUUGUCAUAUGACUUUCAUCUACAGUGACUGACUAAGUUGGUAUGGAGGGACAGGCCAGUUGACAUGUAGUGUUGCUUCUCAGCUCUCUAACAAAGACAGGCUGAUACUCAGUAGUAAAUGCAUAAUAGCUGGGAAGUCUGAGGCAAGCUUCUGAUGUCUUCUCUCUCACCUAGAUCCACAUUUCCAAGAAAUGGGGCUUCACCAAAUUCAAUGCUGAUGAGUUUGAGGACAUGGUGGCUGAGAAGCGCCUUAUCCCUGAUGGCUGUGGAGUGAAAUACAUCCCCAACAGAGGCCCUCUGGACAAGUGGCGUGCAUUGCAUGCAGCAUAAGUGCUUGGUGGUUAUCCACAAGCUGCUUUCCUAAAUUCUUGAAGGAAGAUGAAUGGAAAUAAAAAAUGUCUAUUGAGCU